CUCUAUUGUCGUUAUCGAAUGUUCGUUAAUUUGAACGUCAUUCGAGUUAUUUUUUGUCGAACGUUCAUAUUGUGUGAGAAAAGGUCGAAGCUUAUGCAAAAGAAAUGUCGGAAAAUAAAACAAUCUGCAAGAGAACUAAUAAAAAUCAGUUCGAAAAGCUAGUCGAACUGAUGGAAUCGAACCCAAAUCUAGCGAGAGGUGUUGGAGAGUUUGGUUCUUCCAAAAAAAACCAAAAGGAAUAUUGGGACCAAUUUGCUACAACCCUCAACUCACUUGGGCCACCUACUCGUGAUGGAAAAGAAUGGCACAAGGUUUGGCUGGAUUAUAAGCUCAAAAUCAAAAGGAAACUUUCGAUGAAUAAAGCCGAAGUGGUGGCAACUGGUGGAGGUAAAUACUCUCAAGUUUCCUUAACACCUUUGGAACAAGCUGUGGAUGAGCUGCUUGGACUUGAGCAAGCUGUAAGGCCAGAAGGUAUGUGCUUUGGUUCAUCUCACCAAAUUUCAGAGGACUUAAUUAUCGGCUUACAAGACAUUGAAGUGCUCAACGAAAAAGACCCUGGUGAAGCCGAUACACAAAAAUCACCACCGCCCCCACUAACAGCAAUGAAAAGAACCACAAUGAAUGAAAAUUCUGAAAAAGAACGCCUUCGCUUGUUACAAGGCCAAACUGCAACACAGACAGAGUUGGUAAAAAUCGAAAAAGAAAAGUUAAGUUUUCUGUCCGACAUCGCCAGAUUUUCCAGAAAAAGCUACGAAAUUCAAAGAGAGAAGCUUGCUCUAUUAAAAGCAGCAGAAAAAAGGAAAGAAAAAGAAAAUUUCGAUAAAAACCGUCGCCAUGCUGAGUAUCUGGAAAUGGAAACGAAAAAGCACAAAUUGGAGAUGCUUAAAUUUAAUUUAAAAAAUUAA